AGACUCAGUAGCCAGUUUCCCCUCAGCUGCUCGCCGGUUGAUAGCUAACUCUGCGCUGCUCCCUUCAACCACCGCCCCUGCCGCCCUCGCCGCCCUUCCUCCGCCGCCGCCAGCCCUCGCCAGGCCGCCCCCGCCCCGCCGCUCCCCGUCCGCCACGCCAGGUCGCCCCGCACACGUCCCGACAGAAUUUAUUUGCCGGUGUUUGUAAAUUGAGGAGAGUUGAAGUUUCCUGAGUCUCGCUUGAAGGAACUGGCGCCGCUCUGACGUCCCCUCUCUCCCUCUCCCCUCUCCCUCUCUCACCUCUCCUCUCCUUAUCUCCCCUUUCUCUUCCUUGUUUUCCCUUCGUUGGUCUCACGCGGGGCUAAGUUUCUUGUCUGCGUGUUGCCUGACGGAGGACGCUGACUCGGUGCCGCUGACGACGCCACACGCCGCCGCCGCCGCUCACCGCUGGAGCCUUGCCGCCUCAACGCUCCUGAAGGGCUGGUGGGACCUGGAACCCGCACAGCCACCCGCAGAUCAGAGACAAGAGUGAGCGAGUGGCAGUGAGGCAAUGUGAGGGACGAGAUGUAGAGACCAGCCCGUCCACCAUUAACUCGGCCCUAACCACCACUAACUCAGCCCUAUCCACCACUAACUCGACCUAUCCACCAUUAACUCGAUCCUAUCACCACUAACUCGGCCCUGUCAAGCAUUAAUUCGCCCAUAUCCAGCACAAACUCGGCCCUGUCCACGUCUAACUCGGCCCUGUACACUAUUAACUAGACCUUAUCCAACCGAAACUAAACUUAUUCAGCUUACACUCGGCCCUAUUCAGACUUGAUUCGUCCUUAUCCAGCCAAACUCGGCCCACUCCAGUCUAAAUUUCCCCUUAUCCAUCCCAAACUUCGUCUUAUCACCCCAAAUGAUCCCUUAUCCAGCCUAAACUUCGUCUUAUCCACCCUAAACUCGUCCCUAUCAAGCCUAAACUCGGCCCACACUCAUCCUACACACACUUAAACACCACACCAGCCUGCACCAACCCACGCCCCUAAACCCACGCCAACCUACCCCUCCCCCCAACACAUGCACACACACACACACUCUCACACUAUGAAAAAAUCACACUGAAAAACGCCAGACAGUGAAAAGUGACCUAACCUGACCUCCGAGUGACCCAGUAUGAAGUGUGACCCCCGCAGCAGUGACCUCCCGUCCACCAUGACCUCCCUGAGUUCUAAUGGGGAGGGGUCACAUGAAGGGUGCUACAGGUCAAAGGUCAAAGCGAAGAGGAGGCCCCCCAGACCUGACCAGCCUGCCCCAGCCAUGCCCUGGGUCACUGGCCUGGCUCUCGUGACCUUGGCGUGUGUCAUGGCGCCCACUCACGCCCAGGAUGGAAUCCUACAGGAGGAGUCUGCCCCACGUUUCCUGGAGGCCAUCCCCAACAAGACGGUGGUGCUGGGAAGGGACGUCAUCCUGCCCUGUUCCGUAGACAACCUCAAAGGAUACAAGGUGGCAUGGAUAUUCGUGGAGACUCAAACAAUCCUCACCAUCCACCACACUAUCAUCACUAAGAACCCACGCUUCUCCCUGGCCCGCAACGAUCACAAACACUGGUACCUCAAGAUCUCUGACGUGCGGCCUAGUGAUCGGGGGCUGUACAUGUGUCAAGUGAAUUCAGAUCCCAUGUUAAGCCAAGUUGGAUUCCUCGAUGUGCAAGUGCCCCCGGACAUCAUAGACGAGAGCAGCUCUGAGGUGGUGGUGAAGGAGGGGCAGGAUGUCACGCUGGAGUGCAGGGCGCGCGGCUCCCCCAAGCCCAUCAUCUCCUGGAAGCGUGAGGACGGCGGCAAGAUCGACGUCAACAAUGGCAUUAACUUGAAGGUGACGGAUUCUGAAGUGCUCCAUAUUCCCACGGUGUCGAGGCUCCACAUGGGCGCCUACCUCUGCAUUGCCUCCAACGACGUGCCGCCCUCCGUGUCCAAGAGAAUACUGCUCAAGGUCCAAUUCCAGCCCGUCCUGUGGAUCCCUAACCAGCUGGUGGGCGUGGCUCGGGGCAUGGACGUGACCCUGGAGUGCCACACGGAGGCCUUCCCGCGCUCCAUCAACUACUGGACCGACGAAAAGGGCCAGAUGAUCCUUUCUAGCGGGCGGUUCGACACGAUAGUGGCAGAGAAUGGGUACAAAGCUUACAUGAGACUCAAGAUAAAGAAUAUUCAAGCGGAGGAUUUCAUGUCAUACGGAUGCUACGCCAAGAAUUCCUUCGGGGAGACUAAUGGAAACGUCAAAGUGUAUGAAAUUCCCCGACAGCUACUGGUCAACCUCCCGGAGCCGAAGGAGGAGGAGACGGAGGAGGGGGAGAGGGAGGAGAGAAGGAACCACGGGGAGGAGGAGGAAGAGGAGGAAGAGGAGGAGGAGAGACAGAAGGAAACCCGAGGAGAACCGAAGAGAGAGAACCACACGAGAACUUUUAGACGAAAGGGUAAAGAGGAAGGAAGAGAGGGGAAAAAGAACUCAGGCUUCAGAUAUGGCUCCCCUUCUUUAGGCGUGUUCCCCCCGUCCUCUUCCCCUCGCCACGCGCCUCCCCUCACCCUCCUCCUCCUCCUUUUCCCCUCAUUGUGGUGGGGAAUGCAAGUGUGACGCGGAGGAAAGAGGAAAUCAAGUCUAUAUUCCAGUUUUUGUGAUAUGCCAGUUUCCCCUCACAUUUUCCCCUCACCUUCCCCUCGCCUCGUGUUGCAGAUGGGAGGGCAGGUGGGUGAGGGGAAGGAGUGUCUCUCAAUGGGGGUUAAGGGUGUCCUCCCCUCUACAGGUGUGUUGAGGGGAAACUUCGCCAGAUUAUCAUUAUUACAUAUGUCUGUAUAAAGCUGUUUGUUUAUCGUGUGUGUGUGUGUGUGUGUGUGUGUGUGUGUGUGUGUGUGUGUGUGUGUGUGUGUGUGUGUUGUUUU